GGUAGGGCGGCGGAGCCGGGCGGCAGCCACGGUGCUGGGACCAGGAGCAGGGACCGAGAGCCCCGGGAACACACAGGUGCCCGAGAGUCAUUCGAGCGCUUUGAAGGAUAAAAUAACACCUUUGAGUUUUUUCACCUGUGAACACAAUAGCGCUGAGACACUCUGAAAGCAAAGAGCAGGAGACCGAUCAGUCACCCCCAAAGAGACGCUAAAAGUUUUGCUUUUUCUUCCCCUGUUUGAUUUUUGCCCCGUGUGUCACCACUAUGGUCAGGAAGCCCGUGGUGGCCACUAUCUCCAAAGGAGGCUACCUGCAGGGAAAUGGGAAGGGGGCGCUGCCCUCCGCGGGGGGCAGCGAGCCCGCGGAGCCGGAGAAAGUGGUGCUCAAGAAGAAGAUCACCUUGCUGAGGGGCAUCUCCAUCAUCACGGGCACCAUCAUCGGAGCCGGGAUCUUCAUCUCCCCCAAGGGCGUGCUGCAGAACACGGGCAGCGUGGGACUGUCGCUCAUCAUCUGGACCGCCUGUGGGGUCCUGUCCCUUUUUGGAGCCUUGUCCUAUGCUGAAUUGGGAACAAGCAUAAAGAAAUCUGGAGGUCAUUAUACAUAUAUUCUGGAAGUGUUUGGCCCAUUACUAGCUUUUGUGCGAGUCUGGGUGGAACUGCUCAUAAUACGCCCUGCAGCUACAGCUGUGAUAUCCCUGGCAUUUGGACGCUACAUCCUGGAACCGUUUUUUAUUCAGUGUGAAAUUCCUGAACUGGCAAUCAAGCUCAUUACGGCUGUGGGUAUAACUGUGGUGAUGGUUCUAAAUAGCAUGAGUGUCAGCUGGAGUGCCCGGAUCCAGAUUUUCCUAACCUUUUGCAAGCUCACAGCAAUUCUGAUAAUUAUAGUCCCUGGAGUUAUACAGCUAAUUAAAGGGCAAACCCAACACUUUCAAGAUGCCUUUUCAGGAAGAGAUGCCAGUAUUAUGGGGUUGCCCCUGGCUUUUUAUUACGGAAUGUAUGCCUAUGCUGGCUGGUUUUACCUCAAUUUUGUUACUGAAGAAGUAGACAACCCUGAAAAAACCAUCCCCCUUGCUAUAUGUAUAUCCAUGGUCAUCGUCACUGUUGGCUACGUGCUAACCAAUGUGGCCUACUUUACCACCAUUAGCGCUGAUGAACUGUUGCUUUCCAAUGCAGUGGCAGUGACCUUUUCUGAGCGGCUCCUGGGAAAUUUCUCAUUAGCAGUUCCCAUCUUCGUUGCCCUCUCCUGCUUCGGCUCUAUGAAUGGGGGUGUGUUUGCUGUCUCCAGGUUAUUCUAUGUUGCGUCUCGAGAGGGUCACCUUCCAGAAAUCCUCUCCAUGAUUCAUGUCCGCAAGCACACUCCUCUGCCAGCUGUUAUUGUUUUGCACCCUUUGACAAUGAUAAUGCUCUUCUCUGGAGACCUCUACAGUCUUUUGAAUUUCCUCAGUUUUGCCAGGUGGCUUUUUAUCGGGCUGGCAGUUGCUGGACUGAUUUAUCUUCGAUACAAACGCCCAGAUAUGCACCGUCCUUUCAAGGUGCCGCUCUUCAUCCCGGCCCUCUUCUCCUUCACGUGCCUCUUCAUGGUUGCCCUUUCCCUCUAUUCAGACCCAUUCAGUACUGGAAUCGGCUUCCUCAUCACUCUGACGGGGGUGCCUGCGUAUUAUCUCUUUAUCAUAUGGGAUAAGAAACCCAGGUGGUUUAGAAGAAUGUCAGAUAGAAUAACCAGAACAUUACAGAUAAUACUGGAAGUUGUACCAGAAGAAGAUUGUCGCAAAUUAUGAACUAAUGCAUUGAAAUCCUGACACUCUUCCCAAGGGAGAGAUGCAAUAUGGAUCUUUAAUUCAUUUCCUGAAAACCUGGAGUAUUGCAACUUUGGUGAUGGACUAAAGGAAUCAUUUGUUUUUAUUCAUAGCUCAUGUAUUAAAACUGAUUUCUGAGAAAUUUAGUUAAAACUCUAUGUAGUUGUAGAAAACUAAUAUGCAAAUUGCAUCAUGAGUUCACAUAAUUCUUGAGUCUCUGAAAGCUAGCUACUUGUAGGGAUUAGGAAAAAAGACUAAAGGAAUAGACAGUUAAUAUAGUAGUCAUUCUCUACAACGUAUGUAUCAUGACUGAGAACUUUUACAUUGAUGACUGAGAUGUUUUCUGUACAUAGGGGUUUUGUAAACAUGGUUUUACAUACUGUAGAUGACUAUACUGUGAAAAUGUUUUCUAUUGUUCUGAGAAAAAAGAAUAUAUGUUAUUGUUGUGGCAAAGAGGACAGAAAUUGUAUAUUGGCAUUGCAUUGCUUCCCUUAGAUAUCAACUUGGAUAUCACUCAUCCUUUCUUGGAUUAUAUACCCAGAGCACUUGAACAAAAGAUGAGGGGGAAUGUACGAAUUUUCUUGAACAUAUUAAAGAACAGCUUCUAAGAGCUGUUGUUUCUGAGACAAACCCAAGAAUUCUGUUUGAAUAAAAAUCCUUGAGAAUGUAUUAUGUUAGAUAUCUUUUCACUCAUUGUGAGGAAGGUCCACAGUUAAUGUGCCAUUCGGUUUUCAUGUCAAUUCAUUUGAUCAAGAUGUUGUGUCCAUUUUGGUAACAAAUUAAGAGUAGACUCCUGUUUUUCUAACAAUUUACCCAUUGGUGAACAAACCUAAAUAUAUACAUUCUUAAGUCUUCAAAUUAGAAUAUCAGCAUGAGAGAAAUCACCAAUAAAGAAAAUAUUCAAAACAUUAGGCCCAUCUCUGUAAUUGCAUCUUGAUGCAAUGUUAGUAAUUUUGAACAAUUUUUUUUAGUUCAUGACUAUUUUAACAUGGUGAUGAAUUUUAACAGUUUGUGCAUUUCCUUUAUGUAUUUUAUCCUUUAUUAAACUAUUUCUGUGGGUAAAACUAUCCAGAUCAAUUAGGAAAAGGAAUGUAUUUACAUAAAAAUAUAGGAAGAAAUGUCACUGCUAAAUAAGAUUCACAACUGAUGUUUCUAAAAAAAUUUCACUUCUGGAUCUAGGAUUUGCCCGUAGUUUCCUUACCUUAAUCAUCAUUCUAUCUGCAAAUGAGAUAACUGAUAAUAAGUUUAUUGAAAGAAGGAGAAACUGCAUGAGUGUGUGUCUUCAGACAAGUGGUGUUAUGUCAGAAUUAGAAAGUAUUGUAGAAUUUUCAAAUGAGAGUAAUGUAAUUAUGAAAAAUUUAAGCUGUUAUGUAUACACAUCUAAGAUUAAAUGGUCAGUCAUGGCCAGAGUAUGUUUCAUCCCUUAAUUUUUGUCUGUUUGAAAAUAAGAAAUUUUCAAAGAAUUAUACUGAUUAAAAUCAUUAAGACCA